AUGGCUGAUGAGGUGACACUGUUGGAUUUUUGGGCAAGUCCUUUCGGAAUAAGAGUGAGAGUAGCAUUGGCAGAGAAGGGAGUCAAGUAUGAGUACAGUGAACAAGACUUGAGGAACAAGAGUGCAUUGCUUCUUCAGAUGAAUCCAGUUUACAAGAAGAUCCCAACUCUCAUCCACAAUGGAAGAUCAGUUUGUGAAUCCCUCAUUAUUGUUCAGUAUGUUGAUGGUGCAUGGAAGGACAAGGCCCCGUUGCUGCCUUCUGAUCCUUACCAAAGAGCCCAGUCCUUAUUCUGGGGUGAUUUUAUUGAUAAAAAGGUAUUUGAAUAUAGCAAGAAGAUAUGGACGACGAAAGGAGAAGAUAUGGAGGCAGCCAAAAAGGAUUUCAUUGAGUGCCUCAAGUUGUUGGAAGGAGAGCUUGGAGACAAGCCCUAUUUUGGGGGUGAGAACCUUGGGUAUGUAGAUGUUGCAUUUGUCCCUUUCUAUUGCUGGUUUUAUGCCUUUGAGACCUGUGGAAACUUUAGCAUUGAGGCUGAGUGUCCCAAGAUCAUUGCAUGGGCCAAGAGGUGCAUGCUGAAAGAGAGUGUAUCCAAGUCUCUUCAAGAUCCAAAAAAGGUGUACGAGUUUGUCUUGGAGCUCAGGAAGAGGUUUGGGGUGGAUUAG